AACAAAAUGUUGUCAUAGGAAUCUUUUUUAGUAUUUUUGUUCAUCUUGCAUCCAACUGAAAACAUCUUAUGUUUAACCAAAUGUUGUCGUAGAAAUCAUUUGGUAACAAUUGAUCUGACAAUGCUGUAGGGAUGUCAGGUGCACAAUCGAUCUGUCCAGGUUUAUAAGGCCUGCGCCUAUUUCUAGAUCAUCAAUUUGAUCAACUAAAUAUGUAUUAUAUGGCACAAUAAGUAUACUAUCCGUGAGGGCGCCUGCCUGCGCAACAAUGAGCGCUGGUGCAGUGCGUGAGGGCCCGCAUGGCAAUGAAGUGCGAUCUAGAGAUGACAACGAGGACCCAUACAUCACAGCGUACUCAUCUUCCGAUUAGACUCCGAUUGAGAUCAGGAAGCGAAUUAUCAGCGAGAGUAAUGAGAAAUCCAGGCGGAAUCGUCGUUUUUAUGGUGCGCCAAACAGCUUUAAGGUUAGAAUUGACCAGGAUUAACAAGAUCAGGGUUCCGAUUUCAUGGAUUAAGAAGUCAAGGUUCAUGUCAGACUUCCUCUACGAGGUUAGGGUUGAAAAUAGACUUCUCUAGUUAAAUUGGUGAUGUAGGAACCCACGCAGGCGCAAGCCUUAUAAACCUGGACGGAGGCAGUAUGUUCUUUCAUCAGGCUGGCUCGUCUUCUUUAACAACUGUAUGCCUGCAUUUUGUUUCCCUCUGAGGCUUUUCCAUGCAACUGCGUGCCUUGAUUUAAUCUAAAGAUAUUAUCCUCACGAGGUUUCUCGUGCUGCUACCCAUCUAUUGGUCGACUAUAACUUGUAUGGAAUGGGCCAUGUACAUGUCACAGACUUCAAGUUCCGCCCUCCAUUGCCAGAUGAUUUUCAUCCUAAUACUCUACAUAGGAAGGUGGAUUCUUCUGUCGAAUCAGAGCACAAGCCACAUCCAGGUGCUGCUGCAAUGAAGAAUCCAAUGAUCUGGAUAUCGUCAGCAGUGCCGCCUGCUUUAAUACUGGGCAGUUUUUCUACUUCACAUUCCAUGGAAGGAUCCAAUCCAAACUUCAUCAGAAGACAUACUUCUUUGAUGCUUGAAGCUGACUCUGUAGUAGAAGGUAUCAUAAAUGAGAAGCAUAAGAUGUACACUCCCCUUUCACAAACAACGACAGAUACAAAAAUGGUUCAGUCACUUUUAGCAAUUUGGGAGGAACUUGAGCACUUAAGGUUACUGGAGGAGGCAAAGCCUGCUGAUAUCGGUAGACCACUGCGGGAUGUUGUUCUCAAAAGUUUUCUUCACGGUAUCAAGUACGAGAGUGCUCUUUCUAUGUUGGAUCCAAAAGAGGAGGGGUCCCAUCAGAAAGUCUCUGCCAUUGAAGACCCUGAAAAGCUAGAGAAGUGUUUUAAAUCAUUGACUGAUAUUAUUGGGACUAUCACAUUCUCACAAGGUGAUUACUGUGAUAAUACUGGUAGUGAUAAUCCUGCGGGCACCCAAAAGGAGGACCAAAAUGCAAGUUCUGUGUGCUUAGAGUCAACAAAACAAAAUGUUCAGGCUGCAUCUCCUGAGAGAAACACUCACUAUCCUGUGUCAUCUGUUGCUCAAAGAACAUCUCAAUUAUUUGAUGAACAUGAAAAGCAUUUGGAUGCUGAAGCACUUGGACUUUUAAGCUGGAUGGCCUCCUCGCAGGCUGCAGAGGAGCCAACAACUGAUGAUGAAUUGAUCAAUGAACCCAUUCUGAGCCCUUUCUUUUCAAAGAAGUCCAUUGAAGUUGCUUUAGAGUCUGCUCACCUGGAUUUUGAUAGUGCUUCUCAGCAGGAGUGCCAGGAUAUUCUUGAUUCAGUUGAACCAGUGACUGGGACAGAAGAACUGAAUGCUCAGACUUCUAACCAUAGUUCUUCAAUGCUUGAUGAUAGUACUUCAGUGAACAAUACUAUUCCUCAGGUUGAUGGAUCUUGUGAUGAGAAUCAGAAAGACCCACAAGAAUAUGACAAGGGUAAAAUCACUAGAAGGAAAAUAGGAACAUCUAGUCACUCAUCUAGUCAAAAUAAUUCGAAGUCAGCCAGUAAGCAUGGUGAAACUGAACCUAUAUGGGGUUCUUUACCUCUUUCUACUAAAAAGCGAUCACACGGAACUGCUGAUGGUCAUGUUAAAACUUCUUCAGGCAGGGCAAUGCCAAGUCAGAGGGACACCAGUUCUUACAAGAGUGAAACUGAGAAGAACUCUCAUGAUACCACAGACAAGGAAUCUUCUAGUUCCAUAGGUGAACAUGACUGUCAUUCUGUGAGGGAUUUAAUGAGGAGAACAAGGAGGAGGAGAUCUUUUCAUCCUGAACCAUUGGAGUUCGGUUGUUCUGGAGCUGCAGCAUGCAUCAUCAGUAAAGAGAGUGUAAUCGUGAACUCUGGAGGAUUAGAAUUGCAUGAUUUCACCAGUGAUUUUUCAAAUUCGGAAAUGUAUAAUUCUGGCGGUGAAUAUGUACAGAUGACCUUUGCACAGAAGCCUCCAUUGAAGAAUCAAGUUUGCUCUGGUUUGGAGAGUUCUUCAGUGGGCAUCGAACAUCCCGAAUCUGCUAAACUUGGAUCGGUUGAUCCCCUUCCAUUUUUCAAUCAGACUGCUGAAGAGAAUAACCAGAAUGGAUCAUUUCAGUAUAUGGAAAAUAGUGAAUUCACAAAUGAUGCAUUGGGUGUUCCAACUCAUUUCCAAAAUGAUGGAUCAGCCCUAUAUUUGCUAACACAUGCAUUCUCGCCGCCAUCUGCAGUAGCUGUGGACCAGUGGCUACCCCAACAAACAUUUUCCAGUACUUUCUCUGGCCACUCCAACUAUUGCGACAAUCUUGCAGGUGAUGAUGAAAUGGAACAUAUUCCUACUUUUUCACCACAUGCGGAAGCUCUUCCUUUGAUGGCCAGUUCUCCUGUACCCAGAUCUGCUUCAGAACAUAGAGCACCAAAGUUUGCUGUUGAUACAGUUACGAUGAAGCCGGAUCUUUCCAGCAAAGAAAGUAAACAGGUGGAUGAGUGGCAUGACUUCUCCCAGAUCUCAGCUGAAGCUGAAAAAGAUAAGCUAACACCUCUCAGUCAAAUUGGAUUUCGUGACCCUGCUAGUACUGGUGGUGGACAACAACUGACUAUACUUAGCAUAGAGGUAUUUACAGAAAGCAGAGGGGAGCUGCGUCCUGAUCCACGGCUUGAUGCCAUCAAUGUUGUGUCUCUGGCUGUUGAGGAUGAUGCUGACAGUACAGUUGAAGUUCGUGUACUUAUACGUGGAAACAAUGAAAAUACACAUAGGAGAAACCUUGAUGGAAUUGCUGGUUGCACUGUAGAUGUCUUCCCUGAAGAGAAGGGCCUUUUGAAGCAUCUUAUUGAUGUAAUAUGUUCAAUUGAUCCAGAUAUCCUAGUUGGAUGGGAGAUUCAGUUAGAAUCUUUAGGAUUUCUUGCUGAAAGAGCAGCUCAUCUGGGUGUAGGCUUACUGAGAAGAAUCUCAAGGACGCUACCACAUGAGUCAAAACAUCCACCUAGGGAUCUAGCCCAUGAGUCUAGUCAGGGGCUUCCUGAAGCAUCUUCUGCUGAUGAUGUUAUUGCUGACGUCAAUGAGAAUGCUUGGAGUCAUACUCAUGUUAGUGGUGUACAUGUUGGUGGAAGAAUCGUUCUAAACUUAUGGCGUCUCAUGCGUGCAGAAGUUAAGCUUAAUAUUUACUCACUUGAAGCUGUGGCUGAUGAAGUCCUGAGGCGAAAGGUACCACUAGUACCGACCAAGAUAUUGAAACGAUGGUUUGCAACAGGUCCUGGACGAGGAAGACACAGAUGCAUACAAUAUGCUAGCAGCAGAGCUAUGCUUAAUCUUGAAAUAAUAAAUAAACUUGAUCUGAUCAAUAGGACAUCUGAACUUGCUCGUGUGUUUGGUAUUGACUUCUUCUCUGUUCUUUCACGAGGGUCUCAGUUUCGUGUUGAGUCUAUGCUCUUAAGAUUGGCUCAUACACAGAACUACCUUGCAAUUUCCCCAGGAAAUCAACAGGUUGCUUCUCAGCCAGCCAUGGAAUGCCUGCCACUUGUAAUGGAACCUGAAUCAGCUUUCUACUCUGACCCAGUUCUUGUAUUGGAUUUUCAAUCCCUUUAUCCUUCCAUGAUAAUAGCAUAUAACCUAUGUUAUUCUACAUGCUUGGGUAAAGUUUUCCCGUCUAAGUCCAAUGUACUCGGUGUCAGCACAUAUUCAGCGGAUCCACAUACAAUUGUUGAUCUGAAAAAUCAGCUGCUCCUUACUCCAAAUGGGGUCCUAUAUGUGCAACCCGAGAUCAGGAAAGGUGUAGUACCUCGCCUUCUGGAGGAGAUACUGUCAACAAGAAUUAUGGUUAAGCAAGCAAUGAAAAAGCUUUCUCCAUCUCAGAAGGUUCUGCAGAAGAUACUCAAUGCACGGCAACUUGCUCUGAAGCUAAUAGCUAAUGUAACAUAUGGUUACACAGCUGCUGGGUUCAGUGGCCGUAUGCCGUGUGCAGAGCUUGCAGACAGCAUUGUUCAAUGUGGUCGUAGAACGCUUGAGACAGCAAUAUCAUUUGUCAACCAGCAUCCUUUGUGGGAUGCUAAGGUUGUAUAUGGUGAUACUGACAGUAUGUUUGUUCUUCUAAAAGGGCGUUCCAGGGAAGAAGCAUUCAGAAUAGGGAAGGAGAUUGCCUCUUUAAUAACUGCGAUAAAUCCUGAUCCAGUCACAUUAAAGUUUGAGAAAGUGUAUCAUCCUUGCUUUCUUCUUACAAAGAAGAGAUAUGUUGGCUAUAGCUAUGAAAGUCCUGAACAGAAUGAGCCAAUCUUUGAUGCAAAAGGGAUUGAGACUGUUCGGAGAGAUACAUGCCCAGCAGUUGCAAAGAUUUUAGAACGGUCUCUUAGAAUAAUGUUUGAAGAGCAGGACUUAGUCAAAGUUAAAUCAUAUUUGGAGCGUCAAUGGACACGUAUAUUAUCAGGAAAAGUUUUGAUUCAAGACUUCAUUUUUGCAAAGGAGGUUCGUCUAGGUACCUACAGUUCAAGGGCUUCCACCCUGCCACCUGCAGCAAUUGUUGCAACAAAAGCAAUGCUGUCUGAUCCUAGGGCAGAACCACGUUACGGAGAGAGAGUGCCGUAUGUUGUUAUCCAUGGGGAACCAGGCGCUCGUCUCGUUGAUAUGGUUAUUGAUCCUUAUGGCCUGCUAGAAGUUGGAUCCCCUUAUAGACUAAAUGAUCUAUAUUACAUAACCAAACAGAUCAUCCCUGCGCUACAACGUGUCUUUGGACUCCUUGGUGCUGACCUGAAUAAGUGGUUUACUGAGAUGCCUCGUCCCAUACGGCCAACACUCGCUAAACGCCAGUCUGCUUCUGGUCACAGUGCAUUUUCUCGUGAUGGCAGUUUCAUCCGAUUAGGAUUGAAUAAGAAAGCGCCUGCCAAAGGAGGCAGGAUAGAUACCUACUACAUGUCAAGCCACUGUACAGUUUGCGGUGAUAUAAUUCAAGGAUCAGACACCUUUUGCAACAACUGUUUGAAAAAUGAAGCUGUUGUUGCCACAGUAGUUGCUGGCAGAACUUCAAAAUUGGAGCGAGAAAUCCAACAUCUUGCUGCUAUAUGUGGUCACUGCGGCGGUGCAGACUGGAUUGUUGAAAGUGGGGUCAAGUGUGUUUCGCUUGCAUGCCCGGUAUUCUAUGAGCGUAGGAAGAUUCAGAGAGAGUUAAGAGUUGUCUCAGAAUCCGCAGGAGAAGCUGGGUACUAUCCAUUCUGCUGUGCAGAGCUAUUUUGAAUUUGUAUCUUUGUUGUACAUAUCAUUUAUUCAUGUAUAUUGUACAUCCGUAAAAUGUACAAUCAGACUGUAAAUCUGUAAACUUGUUUGUAUGUACUUGUACUGAUGUGUCAAAGCAAGAAUGCCAAGUAUAUAAUAUAAAAUAAUCUUUAUCUUUA